CCACUAGGAGGAGGCGAUAACACCUGCAAUAUUCGAUUAAUCGAUUCAUUUUGCCCUCUCCAGAAAAGACUAGACCUCAUUGUCCUCACUACUUAUUACAUUAUGCUGAUUGUCACUAAUACGUUCAUUAUAAUUACUCAUAAUACUACAUUGUGAUUUUGUUUGUUAUUGUAUCUAUAAAUUUAGUCUUUCUCAAGUGUUAAGUUAUUAAAUAUAAUUUGUUAAAAUGGGUGGUGGAGAUCUUAAUUUAAAAAAAUCAUGGCAUCCUUCAACAAUGAAAAAUAUAGAAAAAGUUUGGAAAGCUCAACAACAAGACAGUCAAGAGAAAAAAAAAAUUGCUGAAUUGAAAAGAGAUAUAGAAAUGGAACGAGAUAAAGAAGGUCUAACAAGGUAUGCAAUGGAGCAAGGAAUUAUUGAGAAAAAAGAUGAUAAAAAGCUUGAUUGGAUGUAUAAAGGACCACAGCAAUCUAUUAAUCGUGAGGAUUAUUUGACAGGGAAAAAAAUUGAUAAAACUUUUGAGCAAUUCGUUCAAGCAGAAAAGAAUACUGAACGUAAUAGAUUACCAAGUAAUCAUGUGGAACAUGAGUGUGUACCACCAUCAUUGAGAUUUUUUUCGGGAAAUGAACAGGUUGAUUUGGCAAAAAAGUUGCAAGAAGAUCCUCUGUAUGCUAUUAAAAAAAAAGAAAUGGAAUCGAAGAGUAAACUUUUGAAAAAUCCUGUAAAACUAAAAAAAUUACAAGAACUUGUAAGUAAUAAUAAAUUAAGUUCAUCAUCUCAGCAUAAAUCAUCAAGGAAUAUUAAAGAUUCAGAUAGAUCGAAAAAAGACAAAAAUCGACGUCAAUCUCAGAAAAAAAUAAUGCUUUCGGAUAAAGAAAAAUUAAAACGUUUAAAAGAAAUGAUGGCUAAUGCGUCUUGGCGUGAAAAAGAACGUAAGAAAAAUAUUAAGCGUUAUAAAGAUCAGGAAAAAAUAGAACCAUCUGAUAAAACUUACAACAAUGAUUUUAUAAGAAAAGAACUUGCUAAAGCAGCAGAAGUAGGAACAGUUGCUUCGAGAAUAAAAUCAAACAUUAACAACAUUCAACGAUCUGAACGGACUAUGAGUACAAAUUUCGCUAAACGAUAACAAUAAAGUUUCAUUGAUAAUUAUAAAUAGUUGAUAGAAAAAAAAAUUUUUAUACACUAUAAUACAAAUAUAGUUUGCACAAAUAAUUUAAAUAUAAUGCAAAUAUAGAUAUAUUUUUAACUUUUUGACAUGAGAAUUUAAAGUUUAAAUGAAAACAGAACGUAAGUACUGCAAAAAACAUUUAAAUUCGAUUAUUCGUUUGUUUUGAUCAUUUUUUGGUAAUGGUCUAUAAUCGGGGUUCCACAUGUUUAUAUCAAGCAAAAAUCCAAAAAUGGACAAAUCGCUAUGAAUCAAGUUUCAUUCUUUAGCGUUUGUAGGCGGAUUGAAGAUACCUGUGCUUAAUUAGGUGUUAUGUAAGCCACAGUAAGUUAUAAGUAUAUACCAAAGGUAUAAAUUAUGCUUCAUUUAGCUCUCAAGUUCAUUAUUUUUCAGUUCCGCACUACACUGCACUAAAUGACAUAAUUCUCUAAUCAUGCAUUAACACUUCAGUUAACUAUCAAAAUUCAGAGAAUAUGCCUGUUUGCCAUAUUGUGUGUAGUUUUGUCCUAAGUACGUUAACAGACUCGUCAGUAAGGCUAUUAGUAAUUUUAUAUAAUACUGUAAGAAGGACGGUGGCGAUAGAAAGGUCUAACUAAGAGUUACCAAAUUUUUUGAACUCUUGCAAUAGUGAAAAUCGGCAUAAUUGUGUUAUUUCAAUACUCUUAAGGUGUACAGCUCACUUAACAUUUUGUUGCAAGUAGUUUGGACGGUAUCUGUCUCCAUUUGCUAGUAUAGUGUCUGGCUGAAGGCCACAACACAGUUUUACGUCAGCGCGUACUAGUAAGAGAUGUAGUUUGAGGUAAGAAUGCGUUAACACAGAAAAUGCGUUAACAUAGAAAAAAACAUUAGAAAAUAUUUUUUUUUGAAAAUUAGCAUGAUUUUAUGUUAUUUUGAUCAAUUUUGUACACUCCAUUUGCAAAAUUCGGGUAGAUAUCUAGUGUUAAAGCCAAAAACACAUACAGAAAAUUUAAUCCGCCGUGUAGCUGAACACGUUUAAUUAUAGAUAUUUAAAGUGUAAGCACUUGAAACUUCGAAAAAUAUGUGGAGCCCCACUUCUAGACCUUUACCGUUUUUUUUUUUGUAUUUUUCGAUGGUCCAAUUAAUAUUAAUUGAUUGAUAAUAAUUUUUCUGUGGAAAUGAAAUUUAGAAAUUUUGAUGAUAAUUGUGUGUCAGAUAAUUAUUAAUAGUAAAUCCUGAGCAUGAUAUUUUUUUUAGACAUUUUGCUUAAAAAAAAAACUGAAACAUGAAAUUUAAAAAAUCGAAAAAAAAAUAGAUCCUAUCGUUGUACCAUUAUGAACAUAGCUGGAAAAGCUGUAGAAUAGGUGACAGUUUGCUGUGAAAAAUUAUGAGAAAAAUCGAUCACAACGUGUUUUUUGUAAAUCAACAAUUUAUUCUUAAAAGUUAAAGUUUCAAUAGAAGCGUGGUUCAAAAAUUUUUUUUGAUAUUCUUUACUGAAAAGAUGUCUAAAAACGAACAUUUUUUGUCUAUUUAAAAAUUUUAUUUAAACCACUUUUCGCGAAAUUAUAGGCGUUUGAACAAAAAAUCUCUACAUUUUUCAAAAUUUGAUAUCUCGAAAACGGUUGGAAAAAAAAAUUUGAAAAAAAUCAUGGAGGCCUCUUUCAACCUAUAUUAAAAGAAAAAAAAGUU